CACGACGCUGCUUCAUACGAUUCCUUUUGCUCAUACUUUAAUCUGCUGCACAGUACUAUUAAGCAGCAUUCAAUACAGCCAGAGAACACGUACAAUAUAGAUGAGGAGGGAUUCAUAAUUAGAAAAUACAAGCUAGCAUCUUAUAAUAGCAACAGGAAGUAGGUAACAGUAGUAGGAGCAGUAGGAGCUAAUAGUUUUACGUUGCCACCUGCAGUUAUUUAUCCUUUAUCAUCUCUCUAGAUGCAAGAGAGCUGGGUGCAGCGCGUUAAGGCUAAAAAACAUGAUAUACACUUUAGUACCUUAGUAAAUGGCUGGACGAACAAUGCUCUUAGUGUUGCCUGGCUUAAGCAAGUGUUUGAUCGCUAUACAAGAGUGAGGGCGCGAGGGAAGUACAGACUCUUGAUCCUUGAUGGCCACGGCAGCCACGUCACGCAGGCCUUUAUUGAAUACGCUCAUGCCAACAAGAUUCUGCUACUUAUAUUCCCUCCGCAUGCUACUCACGCGCUUCAGCCGCUUGAUGUGGCGUGCUACAGGCCGUUGGCGCAGCACUACUCUGAUGAGCUCCUUCAUCGCGGCCACACCACCGAGGGGUGGGUACCUGUGGCUCAGGCUGACUUCUUCCCGCUUUUUUUGGGCAGCGUGGAAGAAGACCUUCACUAAAGACCUUGUUGUACAGGCCUUUAAGUGCACUGGGAUUCACCCACUAGAUGCCAACGUCGUGCUCAAGAAGUUCAGAAACCUAACACCAAAGUCGCCCAGCACAAUCCUAGAGCCUACUCAGCUUCAGCCUGCACCAGAAUCACCUAGUUGGC